CUUCAUCUGGCCAAGACGACUGGUCAGUUCUUGCACAUUACAAACUGAAUCCAUAAAGGGAAUAUUUACAGUAGUUAACAAGUAAUUAGUCUUUUUUUAACAUGUUGGAAAUGCUUGAGUACAGUCACUACCAGUUGCAGUCCCACCUGGAGAACCCUGCUAAGUACCACCUUCAGCAGAGCCAGAGGCAGCAGGUGAAGCAUUACCUGUCCAGUUCACUGGGAGCCAAGCUAAGCCAACAGGCCAGCACAGGGCCUGGUUCCAGCCAGCCACCAGAGCACGGCAUGCCACCUGGACCAGGAACCAGUGCUCCCCAUAGCCCUAUGGCCCUUCUCACCCUCAACUGUGAGAAAGAGAUGGACGAUGUAAUCGAAGACAUUAUAAGUUUGGAAUCGAGCUAUAAUGAUGACAUUCUUGGCUUCAUGGAUGCAGGACUUCCAAUGACGAUUCCACUCUCUGGAAACUUGUUGGACAUGUACAGCAAUCACGCUCUUCCUCCAUCGGGGGUUUCCAUUAGCAACUGCCCAUCUAAUCUAGCUGUCAAAAGGGAAUUAUCCGUUACCCCAUCACCUGGCAUGAUGCACAUUAUGGACACACCUGGACCAUGUGGACAAUUUGACUCUUAUCAAAGGCAGGAAGGCUUUCCAGUAGAGGCAGAGGUCAGAGCAAUGGCAAAAGAGAGACAAAAGAAAGACAACCAUAACCUAAUUGAACGAAGACGACGGUUUAAUAUAAAUGAUAGAAUUAAGGAGCUGGGGACAUUAAUUCCCAAGUCUAAUGACCCGGACAUGAGGUGGAACAAGGGGACCAUUUUGAAGGCUUCCGUUGAUUAUAUUAGGAAACUGCAGAAAGAGCAGCUGAAAGCAAAAGAGCUGGAGAACAGGCACAAGAGACUAGAGCAUGCAAACAGACAUCUACUGCUUCGGAUUCAGGAGCUUGAGAUGCAAGCCCGUGCUCAUGGACUCGCCGUUGUUUCCUCGGCCACACUUUAUUCCUCCGAACUGAUUGCACGAGCGAUCAAACAAGAGCCCAGUAUGGGGGACUGCAUCUCUGAUCUAUACCCCCACCUCCCCAGCCCUGACAUCUCUCGGCCCACCACUCUGGACCUCAAUAAUGGCACCAUCAGCUACAAUGAUAGCCCCACAGAGGAGGAGGAACCUGGGGUCUAUGACAGCGCCACCAAGGUCUCCAGCAACAUGGAGGACAUGCUUAUGGACAACACUCUGUCUCCAGUGGGCACCAUUGACCCCCUGCUGUCCUCUGGGUCUCCUAUUCCAUCCAACAAUAGCAGUAGAAGCAGUAUGGAUGAACAUGAGAAUGGCUGUUAGCAUUGCAAAGAAACUGGGGGGAACCUAAAUUAGAUGAUUAUUUGUUUCUUUUUUUGUAUAAUGAAGUGUUACCUGAGAAUGUGGAGUCUACACUAGUUCAGUAGUUUUCCAGUAAAUAUAUCUAAACAUCCUUUAAACAAGAUACAUUUACUUAAGAAGUAAAGUUGUGUAAGAUAAUAAGACUUGUUUUCAAGACAUUAAUUAAGGUUAUUUUUUGUGAGCUUUAUGCUUAAAACUAGAAAAAACUGUUUGCCAAGUGAAUAAAAAUAAACGCAAUUCAAGAUUCUGUAUAUACUCUCACUGAGCACUUUAUUAGGAACACCUGUACACCUACUUAUUCAUGGAAUUAUCUAAUCAGCCAAUCGUGUGGCAGCAGAGCAAUGCAAAAAAAUCAUGCAGAUUAGGAGCUUCAAUUAAUGUUCACAUCAACCAUCAGAAUGGGGACAAAAAUGAUUUGGAUGUGAUUUCGACCGUAGCAUGAUUGUUGGUGUCAGACAGGCUGGUUUGAAUAUUUCUGUAUACGGUAACACAGAUAACUGCUCUAUUCAAUUAUAGUUAGCAGAAUAGUAUCUCAGAAUACACAACACGUCAAACCUUUAGGCGAUGGACCACGUCUUGCACUUUAUUUGGACUCUAGUUUUCGUAAUAAAAUGCUAAUUGAGUGUUUGCUGAAAACAAGUCUUGUUUUAUAUCAUAUGCAGUUUUUCUUCUCAAAUGUAUCUUGUUUUCAUGAUAUUUACAUAUUUUUACUGGACAAUAAAACAAUUUUGUUUUUUUUGCAGUGUAUUGGAAAAUGACAUCAUAUGGAUCGUUACAUUCAGUUGUGGUGUGAACACAAGGUGGUUUCCUUUUAAUCCAAAUGAUGUGUAACAUGAAGACCACAAUUAAGUGCAGUAUUUAUAUAUACAGUAUUAUUUUUUUAGAAUAUUUAGUGUAUAUAGUUUUUUGUGUAUCAUCUGAGUCAUGGGUGUCAAACUCAGUUCCGGCCCUGCAGAAUUUAGUUCCAUCCCUGCUCCAAAAUACCACCUUGUAAUCUUCAAGCACUCCUGAAGACCUUGAUUAACUGCUUCAGGUGUUUAAUUAGGGUUGGAGCUAAACUCUGCUGGACUGUGGCCCUCAGGAACCGAGUUUGACACCCCUGAGUGUACUAGAUUAGAAUGACUGUGGUUUUAACGGUGUGUUGAUUUUAUGAAGGAUAACUUUGAAAACAAUAUGAAGAAUUGCCAGACAGCUAAAGUGGAAUUCCAGCAUGGAACCAUUAGAUUUCAAAGUAUACUGUGUUUUAAGAGCACAUUUGUAAUUGUAUUGCUGAUAUGAACCUUACACUGAACAUUAAUUAUGUAAGCUGACUGUCAAAUUGUGGCCUCCAACAACUGCCCUUGAUUAACCCUAUUUUUGUGCCUUAUCUGUAGAAGUAUAUACAACACUGAGUGUUAGGAAUGUUAUCUUUAAAAGUCAUACUAUUUUACCAAAGCACUACCAAAGUCCUUAGAGGACCUUGCUAUUGUCCACAAGAUAUGGAAAUGUACAACCUUAACAUUUUGGAGCGGAGUAACCAGUAACUCGUGUCUAAGUGUGCCCAAUUCAGUUCACUUUUACGUAACCUUGAGACCAAUUUUCUAUUGACAUCCAGAAAAAUUAACAGAGGCCUAUUAGGUUUAAUUAGGUCUAAUUUAGGACAUACAAAUUAUUAGUGGUGCUUACUCAUACUUAAAGUAUGUGAUUUUUAACAAACCUUUAACUCUAAGUAUUAAAUGUUGGCACGUAACCCAUAUCCCCCACCGUUUCUUCUAUGGACAUGAAUGAUACCUCAAAUUGUGUGGCAUGUUGAGGAGAGCUGUGGAAUUCACCUGACAUACUCUAAAACAGGUUAAAAAAUACUAUAGACUUACAUUGAGGGGUGGGCUCUUUUAAAAACAACAGAAAAGCACCAAUCACAAUUGUUUUGACAAAUUGACAGAAUUUCAGACAUCAAGUGUUUGAGAAACUUGUCAUGUUGAUUACAUUCAUUGGCUAUGGGUGAAGUCUGUUUAUUGCUUUCACAUAUACUUCCUUACCAUUAGAGACUGAGGAGUUUUUGGGAAUUACCUCAUAUAAAAAGUUGGAUUUCUCUCUUGGGAUAUCCAGGUGUCCCCACACUACCAUUUGAUCCUUGGAUAUGCAUAUGAUCACUGUAGUUUUUAACUUGUCUACUGUGUCACUUUUGUAUUUUGCAGGGAAUUUGGCACACAAAUUCCAAAUAGAGGUUUCUUAGAUACCUGCAGUGGUGACAAAUGGAAGAUUUGUCCUCUAACAUGAAUGAUACACUUGGUUGAGUGCAUAAAAGCAUAAGACAGACUAGAUUAUGUACAUUAUAAAAUUGGAACAGCCCUUGCAACAAAUAAAAAUUGUACUCUAUUCUACCCCACAAAAUUAUGGAGAUUUGGUUUUAAAAACAAAAUCAUUAAGUAAUCCAAACAGUCUAUACAGUUAUUUAUUAUAGUAAUAGUAAUAGUAACUGCUGUUGAUCCGUUACAUUUCUAGGAAUAUUAAGGACGGUGAACAGGAUUAUCUUUUUACAUUUCUUUAUUGGUAGUUCACUAAUCAAGGUCACUGUUUCUUAGUUGAUUGUAUGGUCUACCACAAUUAUCUCUUAAAUGGUGUUGGACAUUUCCCCAUUAUAAUUUUUUCACAAUGAUCAGUAUGAGUAUACAAACAAAUCUUUACUGAUAAAUGAGUGGCUAAA